AGUACACAGAGGUGUUGCAACCAAGGAGAGAGUAGAGAGAAACAAAGGCUGAAGCAGGGGAAUGUAUAGUUGUAUAAAUAUAUGAUGGGACGACAUACAGAACGGUCACGGAAUAAAGUAAAGGACCUCACGUUUACAUUCAACUUGGUGUAAGUACAGAGAGAGUUGUACACACAGCAUUACAGAGAACAUUAUAAAUAACCAGAUCCAGAGACACCAACCUGGAGAGAAUCUGUGUACACCAGAACACAACAAGAUGAGGAUCCUGCUGAUAUUAAUCCUGCUGGCCUUUAUGACAGGAUGUGUGACCUCUGUCAUAGUGACUGGAUACUCUGGAGGAAGUGUCAUCAUCUACUGUCGUUAUUACAGAGCACAGGGACGUCAUGAGAAGUACUUCUGCAGGGGACCAAAGAACACUUUGAGUUGUGAGGAUAAAAUAAGAUCAGGUAGUCAGAACACCUGGGAACACAGUGGUAGAUUCUCUCUGUAUGACGACACUGAGGAGAAAUAUUUCACUGUGGUCAUCAGACAACUGACCAGACAAGAUAAAGGAAUCUACUGGUGUGGAGUGGAUAAACGUUUAAAACUUGACGAAUAUACCAAGGUGGACCUGGAAGUAAAGGAAGAUAAAUGCUGUAAGAAGUCCUUCACAGAGACGGUCCAUCUGGGAGGAGAAGUUGACAUCGUCUGUAACUAUCCAGAGAAACAGGAGAACAGCAACAAAUAUUUCUGCAAGGAAGAUAAUGACUCCAAGACAUGUGAUUAUAGGAUCUCUGAUGAAAAUCACUCAUCUCUUAAAAAUGGAAAAUACUCUCUGGGUUUUUAUAAUAAAAAGGUAGAGAAAAGCUUCACAGUGACCAUCAGUAACCUGACCGAAGAUGACACUGGGACAUACUGGUGUGGAGUAGAAAACAAGAAGUCAGGAGAACAUUACAUUUCACUGAUUACUGAGGUUCAUCUCAGUGUGACUGUGCCAAACACCACAACAACAACAACAACAACAACAAAAACAACAACAACCACCACCAAUGUAUUACCAUCAUCAUCUUCAGCAGUCAACAGACCUGGUACUCCAUGUAUCAUCUUGGUGUGUGUGAGUCUGGUUGUGUUACUGCUGGUGAUCGGUCUGUUAAUAGUCUACAGAUGGAAACACAACAAGACAGCUUUCUCUUCAGCAAAGAAGAUGGAAUCCAGCAUUGGGAUUAAUGGAGAGGGUCGUCAUGGUGACAGUGAUUAUGAAGAGAUGGAGCGCCCCGUACAGUCAGAUAGAGGCAGUAUCACCGCUACCAACUACACCACUGCUGACUUUCCCAGAAACCCCUCUGACUCUCUCCACUAUGCCAAUGUCACCUUCCUCAAGAAUCCCAGCUGCCCCAAUGAAGCCACCACCACCAUCAGUAAAGAGGACACAUCCUGUGUCUAUGCUACUGUAAAUGUUGAUCAAAACUCCACCUACUCUACUGUCAAUCAUCCACACAGCUACUCUGAGGCUCCUCCCAUCUACUCCACUGUCAGCAAACCCAGAAACACCUAAUUUACAGACAAUCAAUCACAAGAGACAAACUCUCUCUGGUAAAUAUUAAACAGAGACACACCCCUACUGGUAACUAUUAAACAGAGACACACCCCCACUGGUAACUAUUAAACAGAGACACACCCCUACUGGUAACUAUUAAACAGAGACACACCCCCACUGGUAACUAUUAAACAGAGACACACCCCCACUGGUAACUAUUAAACAGAGACACACCCCCACUGGUAACUAUUAAACAGAGACACACCCCCACUGGUAACUAUUAAACAGAGACACACCCCCACUGGUAACUAAUAAACAGAGACACACCCCCACUGGUAACUAUUAAACAGUGCAUCUUAUUUUCUCCACUGGAAGUGCACCUAGAGAGCACUGCAUCACAUUUUCUCCACUGGAAGGGAACCCUUUAGGGCACUGCAUCACAUUUUCUCCACUGGAAGGGAACCCUUUAGGGCACUGCAUCACAUUUUCUCCACUGGAAGGGCACCUAGAGAGCACUGCAUCACUUAGUACUUGGUGGCAAAACCCUUGUUGGCAAUCACAG